AUGGUCCUUUCACCCGCAAUCCGUGUCGCGAGGACAGCCUCCCAGCGCUCGACCUCUUUGUUGCGAGCAAUUCAAUUCGGCCAUCCUCCCAACUGCCCUUGUCAUUCGAAUCCCAACUUUCAUCAUGCUCCUUCAGCUUUCGGGGAGGCCCGAAGGCGACUGGCGACUCCCAUUGACAGCUCGCGAUCCAAGGACUACGCGUUCGAGAUGGCCGCCAGCUCGAUCCGCUUCGGGCCUGGUUGCACAAAAGAGGUGGGUAUGGAUUUCAAGAACAUGGGCGCCAAGCGGGUCUGCGUUGUUACGGACGGCAAUGUGUCGAAGCUGAACGCAAUGAAGCAAGUCAUCGAAGGAUUGACCAAAGAAGGAAUCGAAUUUACCGUAUACGACAAGUGUCGGGUCGAGCCCAAGGACAGCUCGAUUAAGGACGCCAUUGCUUUUGCCAAACCAUAUCAGCCCGAUGCUUUUCUGGCUGUGGGAGGAGGGUCGGUAAUUGACACGGCGAAGCUGAUGAAUCUCUACACCUGCUUCCCAGAUGCGGACUUCCUGGAUUUUGUCAAUGCUCCCCUCGGGAAGGGAUUGCCAAUCACCAAACCACUCAAGCCGCUUGUGGCUGUCCCGACUACGGCUGGUACAGGAUCAGAGACGACGGGAACUGCUAUCUUCGAUCUGGUUGAGAAGCGGGCAAAGACCGGUAUCGCCCACCGCAACCUCAAACCUACCCUGGGCAUUUGUGAUCCACUCAAUACACGCACGAUGCCAUCGGCUGUUCAUGCUUCCUCGGGCUUGGAUGUGCUGUGCCACUCACUGGAAUCCUGGACCGCCAUUCCUUACCACGAGAGAUCUCCAAGACCUACAAAUCCGAUCAAUCGCCCGGCGUAUCAGGGUGCAAAUCCUAUUUCGGAUAUUUUCUCGCUGAACGCGCUGAGAGCGACCGUCAAAUACUUGCCUCGAGCAGUCAAAGACCCUGAAGAUCACGAAGCUCAAAGCGAAAUGCUUCUUGCGGCCACUUUGGCAGGUGUCGGCUUCGGGAACGCUGGCGUUCAUCUGUGCCAUGGCAUGAGUUACCCGAUCAGCGGUCAAAACCCGGGCUACAAGCAUGCUGGCUACGUGGUUGAGACGCCUAUCAUUCCCCACGGCGUCAGUGUUGCCGUGACUGCUCCUGCUGUGUUCAGGUUCACCGGGCCCAGCAAUCCGGAGCGACAUCUGGCGGCGGCUGAGGUUUUUGGCAAGGAUAUCUCUAACGUCAAAAAGGAAAGCGCAGGCGAGGUUUUGAGCGAAGCACUGGCUGAGUUCCUCGUCGGCCUGGGAGACCAGCCUCGAGGCUUGAAGCCCCUGGGUUUCACGCGUGAGAGCAUUGACGAUUUGGUGGAGGGAACAUUGCCCCAAAGAAGAGUCCUCAUGUUGGCGCCCAAGUUGAGCGCGGAAGUGAAUGAGGAAAGGGAGCAAUUGAGAGGCUUGUUUGAAGAGGCUCUGGAGUACUGA